CCUAAUCAACAUAUCUGUUAGCAAAACAAGUCUAAAUUUUCAAGGAAUUGUCUCAAAACAAAUCAAGUAUAAUCUUCAUCCAGCUGGACAGCAAUGUAAAUGGGUCCCUGAUAAAACUAAACAGCUAUAUUGGGAACCAUUCCAGGAUGUAGUCACUUGGAAUAUUUCUGAGUUCAAACUUAAAGAUAUUAAGGAAGGUUAUGAAAACUAUUUGCAGAAUCGUGCUUACUCCAAUAUCAUGGAUGAUAUCAGGAAAAAACGGCCUGUAACAGUGAAUGACUUCACUUGGGCUGCUGUUGAAGAGUAUAAGAGGUCUACGCAAUUUCAGAGGGCAUCUGCUUCUGGUAAGAGAAAUCGUAUUGUCGGUGGGGACAAAUGCAAACAAUACGGGGGUUCUCGAGCUGCGGUUGAUGGGGCAGCCCAAGAGUUGAGGAUUACCGGUAAACAUAUAAAUCCUGUGAAACUUUGUGAGACCUUCCAUCCAAAGAAAAGGAAGAAUGGAGAGCUAAUUGAUGAUUCUUCACAACCGAAAGUUAUGG